AUGACAAGAGAUUGGGAGGACAUAAAGGACGAUAUCAGACAGCUCUACCUGGAGCAAGAUUUGACCUGUACCGAGGUGAUGUUGGAGAUGCAGAGACGGGGAUUUCACAAGUCAAGACGCUCGUACAAGAACUGUUUCAAGCGUUGGGGCUUCAGAAAGACGAGGAGACGAGCUGGAAAUAUUGGUACAUUGCCACGGGGAUUGUCAAUCGACCAACCGAUGCCGGCAGAUGACGAUGAUACUACAUUAUCGCCGUUCAGCGAUCACGCAGGUGCGAGGUAUUCGCAGGCAAACAACCCCGUCUCCUUCGUACCGAGCACAACCGUGGCAUACCCUACUACUCCUGGGGCUCACGUCUCAGACCAUUCUGAGAUCGGGGAGCCCCUGUCUAUGUUUGACCAGACUUUUGCGAACUUUCUCCUGAACUUCCAAGACGAAUCGGGCUACACGAAGCUUCAUCAAGCUGUCAUGAACGCACAGGCAGACGAGGUGGAAGCCUUGCUGAGCCGAGGGGCAGCAAUUGAUGUGGAGGAUCGGAAGGGUAACCUGCCGGUGCAUUACACUGCUGACCAUCGAGACGAGAAGAUUGUCAAGCUUCUACUCGGCUAUCGCGCGGACAACAUGGAGCCCAUGGCCAAGCAAGACUUUACUCGACUCAUCCUUGACCAUCGAAAUGCGGACGGAAAUACUCCUCUGCAUCUGGCCAUUUCGGCAAGAAGCUUGAACCAUGAUCACGAAAGGAGCAUUGCGACCCAUCUUCUGAAGGCUGGGGCCAAUCCUCAUAUCGCCAACAACCUUGGUAUGACUCCGAUAUACAAGGCGGUGGAACUCGUCUCACCGACCAUGAGCUGGGAUCAUGGACGUCACAUUGACAAGAUGUUAACGGCCAAAGCCACCGAUCUUACAACCGAGAAGAUAACAUCUCUGUUCAAGCUCUUCCUCGCAAAGUCAUACAAUGCUUGGGUUGAUGUUAAAAGUCACCUCAACGACUUGUUCAGGACCUUUCUGGGCAAGGGUGCUGAUCCGGAUGUACCGAUUGGACCGAGCUCUCAGCGGUUAUUGACAUACUUCUUGAACUACUGCCAUAAGACUCGCUAUACCUUCCAGAAUUGUGACCUCCGGCUUGCCGCCUUGAUAUGUGAGAAAUUAGAUGUCGCAAGAGUCAACAGCAUAGGCGACACAUGCGUACAUGAGCUCAUUAGAUUCCUGGGUGCUUGGUACUAUAAUCCUUCAAUAUACCAAUUACUCGAGAUCGUGCUGGAAAGGGGAGCAGAUGUCAAUCACCUCAACAUGGCCCGGAAAUCACCUCUGAUGCUGCUCUUGGAGAGAAGGCAGCUCGUUGACGAGGUCUACACGGUGUUAAGACUCCUUCUCAGUCGCGGAGCAAAUCCAUUGAUCCCCAAUGCAGCUUCAAACUUCCCGAUAUAUGUAGCUGUUCGAAACAAUCCCUAUCUGGGAGCCAAGCUUGCGAAAAUGAUCCUCCACAGCGACAAUGGGUUAGACACGAUCAUUCCCUGGCAGUUUACCUGGUGGCAAUCGUGGAUGCACGCUAUCGCCUCACAAGAUUGGGGCGCGUCGGUAACAGUGCUUCAACAGGCUCAGCACUCCCUACCACCGGACAUCCAAGCCCACCUAUACCGCCUGGCACUCGCUGUUCUCGCCGAGAAACAUCUGAAGCGAGCAGAAGAUUGGUAUCAAAAGAGUGAGAAAAGUCCUGAGCAACAGAACCAACACCGGACCGUUGUGCGAAAUAUACUCCUGAAGAGCCGGGGCCUGGAUAUUAAUCCAGCUUGGUUCCUGUACCUGCUGGAAUUGUAA